CGAAGGAGUUUCUUCUUUUUUUUUCUCCGAAGCAGAGCUGGUGGUUUCAAUCAAAGGGAAGGCGAGGAAGCUAUGCGGGGCGAUGUAAGAUGGCAGAGCUGCAAAUGUUGUUAGAGGAAGAAAUUCCAGCCGGUAAAAGAGCUCUUAUAGAGAGUUACCAGAAUCUCACGCGGGUAGCAGACUACUGUGAAAACAAUUAUGUUCAGGCCACGGACAAGAGAAAAGCUCUGGAGGAGACCAAAGCCUACACCACCCAGUCUCUGGCCAGCGUGGCCUACCAGAUCAAUGCCUUAGCUAACAAUGUGCUGCAGCUGCUGGACAUCCAGGCCUCGCAGCUGCGCCGAAUGGAGUCCUCCAUUAACCACAUCUCUCAGACGGUGGACAUCCACAAGGAGAAGGUGGCCAGGCGAGAGAUCGGGAUCCUCACCACCAACAAGAACACGUCGAGGACCCACAAGAUCAUCGCCCCUGCCAACAUGGAGCGGCCGGUCCGAUACAUCAGGAAGCCCAUCGACUACAACGUGCUGGACGAUGUGGGCCACGGGGUCAAGUGGCUCAAAGCCAAGCAGCAUGGAAAUAAUCAGCCAAUCAGAGGAGGAGGAGGAACACUAUCGAGGACCAAUCCGCCGACACAGAAGCCGCCUAGCCCGCCGCCCGUGACGGGGCCGAUGUCAGGGCGUGGCACUCUAGGACGCAACACGCCCUAUAAAACUCUAGAGCCGGUGAAACCGCCCACAGUGCCCAACGACUACAUGACCAGCCCUGCUCGUCUAGGCAGCCAGCACAGCCCUGGGCGCACUGCAUCUCUCAACCAGAGACAAAGAACCCACAGUGGUAGCAGUGGGGGUAGUGGCAGCAGGGAGAACAGCGGAAGCAGCAGUAUUGGCAUUCCCAUCGCAGUGCCUACGCCCUCCAUUCCCAACUCUGGUCCAGUCCCGCCAAUGUCCGCUCUCCCACCCCCCCCUCCUCCACUUCCUGGUCAUCAGGCUCCUCCGCCGCCUCCUCUCCCGGGGCAGGGCAACCCAGGGGCUCCUGCAGUGAUAGCGGUGGCUCCCGGGCCUGGUCUUGGCCCCAUCCCCAUGUCCCAGUUCGGCACCAUCUCACGGCAGAUCUCACGGCACAACUCCACCACCUCCUCGGUCUCCAUGGUUUCGGCCACGGGCACCUACCGCCGGGCGCCGUCCGUCAGCUCCCAGUUCUCCCUGCAGCAGCAGCAGGCCCUACAGCUACAACAGCAGCAGAUACAGCAGCCAUACAUUAAUGGGGGCACCCCCGCCUACCCCCACAACUCAAUAUCUAUCGCUCCCCCUCCUCCUCCCAUGCCCCAGCUGACUCCACAGAUACCUCUGACAGGCUUUGUGGCCAGGGUGCAGGAGAACAUUGCGGACACACCUACUCUGCCUCCGCCGCCUCCGCCGGAUGACCUGCCCAUGUUUGAUGAGGCUCCUCCCCCUCCUCCACCCCCACCAGUUGACUAUGAGGAGGAAGAGGAAGCAGCUGUGGUGCACUACAACGACCCUUAUGCUGACGGGGACCCCCAGUGGGCGCCCAAGAGCUACAUAGAGAAAGUGGUGGCCAUCUACGACUACGCAGCAGAUAAAGACGAUGAGCUGAGCUUCAUGGAGGGAGCCAUCAUCUACAUCAUCAAGAAGAAUGAUGACGGCUGGUUCGAGGGCCUAAGCAGCGGGGUCACGGGCCUGUUCCCCGGCAACUACGUCGAGUCCAUCAUGCACUAUGCCGAGUGAAGGGUAUUGAUUCAGUCAUAUCUAGUUUACUACAGAGACUAAUAAAAACAGGAGUUUUGACCAUACAAAGCUUAGAGAAGUGAUUUUGGAUAUGACGGAACGCUUGUUCCCUUAUACUGAUUGCAAAUAAAUAAAACGAUUUACUUUAUUUAGGUGUUAUGGGUGGGUUGGGGGACGUUUUUAUCAAGUAUACAAAGAACGAAUAGGAUAAGGCUGAUGACGUGCUCACAAGGGUUGUGGUGUAAAGGUGUUUUCAAAGACCACGAUAAAACUAGCUGAAGGACAUUUCAAGUUUUAUUCUUCUUUGUUCUUCCUGUCUACAUAUGCGCAAAACAUAACAUCUGACCCUGACUAUUCAUUAGCGUUUGUCGACAUCUAGUGACCUAUACAUUAUUCAUGAGCUUAUCGUGAUUUCUUUGUGUAUAAAGAGUAUUAUGCUAUAUGGAGCAGCUCUCAUGCAUAUGUAGGCAUUCUGGUGAUCUUGUGUGCACACCUUCAGUGGAAGUGUUACUACUGCUAAUUGUAUAUAAUGUGAGUGAGCUGCAGCCUGUUGGGUGUCUGUAGUGUAAAUGCUAAUCACAGUAUCUCAAGCAGGCUACAUGCCACACAUGCAAAUGUCCAACAGAAGAUUCUGUUCUGUUUCCUAUAAUCACGGUUCUCACAAUCACAAGGCUGAUCCAUUUUGGAUGUUGAAUUCAAACUUCAAUGGAUUUUUAUGAAUAACUAAACUUUUUAUUUCAGUCAUUCCUGAAAUUAAGUCUGGAUGUAAAGCAUGCUAAAUUAAAAAUGUAUAACCUCUAUGUUUUAAUGCCAUUAUGCUUCCAUUUUGUUGUAAUAUUUCCAUUUUAUUAUUUUUUUAUAGAUUGAAUUACCGAGAUAUAAAAGUCAUUUUCAGACUUGAUGUGAUGGUUUUAUUUUCUAAAUGCCCUAAUUUGUAUUUAAACAUUUGAUAUUACAUUUACAUGAAAAUGUUCCAUCUGGUAAUGUAUCUAAAGCAACUCCACUAUUUUAGUUGCAUAUCCAUCUUAAGGAAUACGUCACAGUUAAUUUUGUUCAGAUUAGUAAAACAUUACUAUCUGUAGGCAUAAGUCAAAUGUAAGAUCGAUUGUAAUUCAUAGUGUUUGUGGGCUCAGUUUUCAAGUGAUGUUUUACUGUUCCGUAAUAAUGGAGACCAAUAUGACAACUCGGAUACCUCCUCAGUCUUCACAAAAUAAAACUGGGUUUAGAUCUGUCGUUUUUAACCUGUAAUGGUUAAAUCAGGUCUGGAUUUCUUGAUGCCAAAUAGUUUAUUGUUCCAAAUUGACCCCACCCACUUUGUCCAUGUUCAUUUAUAGUUGUAAUUAUCGAUUGCUUCAUGACAAUUCAGGUAGGUGUUUAUGGUUAAGCUGCAAAAUUGCAGACUUCACCAGUUUCUUCCUGUCCGGACUCAAAACAUGAAAGUAACUGCGCUUGUCACUGUUUACCAUUUCAGGUUAUAGCAGCUAAUGCCUUGAUGCUUUUAUAUUCAACAUAUACAAGUGUUCCAGCUCAAUGGGUAGAUAUAUCAAAGCUCUCAUCUCUGCCCUUAGUUUGUAUAUAUAUAUGUUCAUUGAAAAAUGAAUGUAAAGUCUUUUAUAAUAAACUAUUGUACAACCUA